AUCGCCCUGGCUUCGGGGCUCCGGCUCCAGCCCUCCCGGGCGCCAGUUCAAACCCCCCGCCUCGGAAGUGCGUAACCGGGAGCCGCUUUCACGCCGGGACCUUCCUGUUACCGGCCCCCGCCCACCCCCGGCCCUGGGCUCGGCGCCGGCUGGGCCCCAGGGGCCGGAUCGGGGCCCCCAGCGGGGAUCCAGCCCCCACCCUCCCGGCGCGGUCCCAGCCAUGAGCGAGGCAGAAGAGCACAGCCCCUCUCCGUGGGCCGAGGAAGAGGAAAAGCCGCCGAGCCCGGCUGGCUCGGAACAGGGGAUCUCGUGCGACAUCCAGUGCUGGUCGGAUAACGAGGAGUGGGGGCCGGACAGCCCAGCCGGCAGCGGGGCAGUGGGGGAUGCCUGCUCCCAGCCGGACAGCAGCCCCGCAGCCUACCGGAGGAGCUACCCUCGUGGCUCGCACGAGGACUGUGAGCUCGGGCUGCACGCCAGCUCGGGGGAAGACAGUGAGCUCGACUUCCAACGGGGCUCACAUGAAGAUGGUGGGUUCAGGUUGCACGCCGGCUCGCACGAGGACGGUGAGCUCGGGUUCCACGCCGGCUCGGAAGAAGACAUUGAGCUUGGACUUCACACUGGCUCGCACGAGGACGGUGAGCUCGGGUUCCACGCCGGCUCGGAAGAAGACAUUGAGCUUGGACUUCACACUGGCUCGCACGAGGACGGUGAGCUCGGGUUCCACGCCGGCUCGGAAGAAGACGGCGAGCUUGGGCUUCACACUGGCUCGCACAAGGAUGGUGAGCGUGGCCUGCAGGGCGGCUCAGAUGAAGACGGUGAGUUCGGGCUGCACGCUGGCUCGCACGAGGACAGUGAGCUUGGGUUGCACGCCGGCUCAGAUGAAGACAGUGAGUUCAGGCUGCACGCUGGCUUGCCCGAGGACGGCGAGCUUGGGUUGCACUCAGAUGAAGAUGACGAGUUCAGGCUGCACGCCGGCUCGCACGAGGACGGCGAGCUUGGGUUGCACGCCGGCUCCGACGAAGACGGCGAGCUAAACUUCCAUCGGGGCUCCGACGAAGACGGCGAGCGGGGCUUGCCUGCUGGCUCGCACGAGGGCGGGGAGCUCCGCUUCCGUCGUGGCUCGCGCGGGGACGGGGAACGUGGGUUGCACGCCGGCUCGGAACCCCCCCCCGCCUUCGACCUCGCCGGCAAUCCGGGCCCGCCGCCCUCCCGCCCCGCCCCGCCGGCGCGCCCCUUCCAGUGCCCGGACUGCGGCAAAUCCUUCGGCUCCAACUCCACCCUGGCACAGCACCGCCGCAUCCACACGGGCGAGCGGCCCUAUAAAUGCGGGGAGUGCGGGCGGGCCUUCAGCCGGGGCUCCACCUUCCUCCAGCACCAACGCACCCACACCGGCGAGCGUCCCUACAAGUGCCCGGACUGCGGCAAGGCCUUCAGCCGCAGCUCCAACCUGCUGCAGCACCGGCGGGUCCACACCGGCGAGCGUCCCUACAAGUGCCCGGACUGCGGCAAGGCCUUCAGCCUCAGCUCCACCCUGCUCCAGCACCAGAUCAUCCACACCGGCGAGCGCCCCUACCAGUGCCCCGAGUGCGGCAAGAGUUUCAACCGCAACUCCAACCUGCUCAACCACCGGCGCACCCACACCGGCGAGAAGCCCUUCCCCUGCGGCCUGUGCGGGAAGCGCUUCUCGGAGAGCUCCACCCGUACCCAGCACCAGCGCACCCACACCGGCGAGCGGCCCUUCCGCUGCACCGAGUGCGGCAAGGCCUUCAGCCUCAGCUCCACCCUGCUCCAGCACCAGACCACCCACAGCGGGGAGCGCCCCUACCAGUGCCCCGAGUGCGGCAAGACCUUCGGCCUCAGCUCCACCCUGCUGCGGCACCGGCGGGCCCACGCCGGCGAGAAGCCCCACCGCUGCCCGGACUGCGGCAAGAGCUUUGGCGUCCGCUCCCACCUGGCGCAGCACCGCCGGGUCCACACCGGCGAGCGCCCCUUCCGCUGCCCGGACUGCGGGCGCGGCUUCGGGCAGAAUUCCCACCUGGCCCAGCACCGCAAGGCGCACCGGGCCGGCGGGGAGGCCCGCCCGCCCGGCACCCUCUACAUCUGCGGCGACUGCGGCAAGAGCUUCCGGCAGAGCUCCCACCUGGCCCAGCACCGACGCACCCACACCGGCGAGCGGCCCUUCCGGUGCGGGGAGUGCGGCCGGGGCUUCUCCCAGAGCUCCAAGCUGCUGGAGCACCGCCGGACCCACACCGGCGAGCGGCCCUACGCCUGCCCCGACUGCGGCCGGGCCUUCGGCCACAGCUCGGCCCUGGCCCAGCACCGCCGGACCCACACCGGCGAGCGGCCCUACGCCUGCGGGGCGUGCGGGAAGAGCUUCAGCCAGAGCUCGGCGUUGGUCCAACACCAGCGCAUCCACACCGGGGAGAAGCCCUACCGGUGCUCCCGCUGCGGCCUGGCCUUCCGCUACCUGCUGCAGUACACCCGUCACCAGAAGCUGCACGCCCGCGAGGAGCUCCUGGCCCAGGAGCGAGCCGGGGCGGCGCCCCCGGCAGCCGGGGCACCGGCGGCCUCCGCGGCUCUGGAGUUACGAAGCUUGAAUCGCGACCUCUCCUGUCAUGCCAUCAUUUGAGUCGGCCGGCCCCCAUAACUGCCCGCCAUUGUGCCAGUUUACAU